AUGCUCUGCAACAAGAACACAGUGCUUGUCGGCAAAAAAAUCCUUCUAGUUCCAUAUCGAAUCGAACACGUUGCUAAAUAUCAUGCUUGGAUGGAAAAUGAAGAGCUCCGAACUUUGACUGCGAGUGAACCUCUGACACUGGACCAAGAAUAUGACAUGCAACAAAAAUGGCAGAUGGACGAGGAUAAGCUGACAUUCAUCAUCUUGGCCCGUGAAGGCGAUGCCUUCAUCCCGGAUACUGUCAAUCCCACAGAUUCCCAAGUCUCAUCCCUUCCCAUGGUAGGAGAUGUCAAUAUAUUUUUCUCUGGAACCCCGCUUUCCGUAUCCGAAUCAACCAAUAGUCCGCCCUUCGAUGAUGGUCAGGAGUUUACUGCGGAAGCAGAGAUCAUGAUUGCGGAGCCCUUGUAUCGUAGAAGGGGAUAUGCUCAGGAGGCACUACGACUCAUGUUCCAAUAUGUAACAGGUUGCCCAACAUCAUAUUUCAUCCAGAAUCCUCGGGUGGAGACAUCGCAGGGAGAAGACACUCGUCAAGUUUCAGUAAAACUGCCACAUAGCAUCCCUCCCACCUCUUUGAUAACGCGUAUUUCGGAUAAAAACACUCCAAGCAUCAAGUUGUUUGAGAGAUUAGGCUUUCGAAUGACCAAACACGUCGAAGCCUUUGAAGAGGUAGAGUUGAGGUGGAACGCGCUAUAA